AUGGCUAAUUCAGAAGACACUUUAACUUUUCUGACAAGACGACUAGAUCAACUUGAAGCAAAAAUUUCUGCCGUAUCCAACACAGAAGAGGAAAUAUUAGAGAUGAAACAAUGGAGAGAAAACUUUGAAUCUGACUGUAGCCUAAAAAUAGAAAACCUGUCUAAAAAACAAAAACAGAAUUUUAAAAACCUUGCGAAACAAAUAAUAGAACAAGAAAAUAGUGUGGUGAAUAUUGUUAAGGAAUUUGAAAGGUUAAAAGAUAAAGAAUCCAAUUCAAACAAGCAGUUACAGAAACUGUCUUUUGAUGUUAAAGAAAAUGAGAAAACAAUAGUUAAAAUAGAAAAAGAUAUUCAAGCUAAUGCUGAUGAAAUAAAAUCGAUGUCGAGAGAAAUGAAAGUGCAUUCUGGCAUUAUAGCUUCAUUACAAGAAAAUGAAAAGAAAAAUAAUGAUGCUUCACAUAAAGCAUUGGAAAACACAGUUUUAAAGUAUGGUGUGAUGUGCAGAGUUCUCCAGCAAAGAUUGGCACCAAUCGAAAAACUGAUGCAAAAUAUUAACAAAAACAGAUCCAAUCUAGAACAAAAUGUUCAAAUGGUUGGAACCACGUCUAAUGAAAAUGCUUUACUUUUGGAUUUCAGCAGAGUCUGGCAACAUCAAAUAAAAAAGUGUAAGCUUGGUUUUACAGCAACUAAAGAGGAUCAUGUACCCAAUGAAGACUUUUGUUUUAAAAAUCUGGACUGUAGCAUAGAAAACUUACUAGAAAAACAAGAAAAUGGGUCUAUUAAGUUUAAAAUUCCUGUUGACGUAGCAUUCAGUGUACAGCGAAAGCCAGUUCCUCUUCAAAAUCAUGGCUUGUUUGGUUAA